AAUGUUGUCUUCGUGUGUGUGUGUGUGUGUGUGUGGUGUGAAGUGAUGCUGAACCGAAUAAAACAAAACAAAAAAAAACUGGCUCUUUACCAAUUUCGAAAGUUGUAACAUAAGAAAAAUCAUCAGCAUCAUUCUUAAAUUGAAUCUUUUUUUCUUUGAGUGUGUUUUUUGAGAGAGAGAAAAUAAAAAAUAUGAAUGACAGCAAAGAAUUCAUAACGAAUGAUGCAAUAAAUAAUCAUAUCAAUGAUGAUGAUGAUGAUGAUGAUGGUAAUGAAAAAUUAUCAUCCGGUAAUAAUAGUUCAUUAAUAAUACGACAAUGGUUACAAAAAAAUUUUGAUUUUGAUAAAAAUCGUGAUCAAUUACGUGAAUCAUGUACAAAUCUUUUCUAUCGUAAUGAAAAUAAAUCCGAUAUUGUUGAUAAAUAUGAUUUGAUUAUUACAUUCAAACAGCAACAACAACAUUCCACCAAUGAUAAUGAUGAUGAUUUGAACAUUGAAUUAAUCAAUAAUCUAAUGAUACAUCUUCGUUUGGAUUUUCCUGGUAUUAUGAUUGAACUGCGUAAACAUCAUCGAUAUCAAUAUGCAUUAUAUGUUGGUGGAACGAAUCAAUUUUUUGAAAAAUAUAUUGAAAAAAAGAAUCGAUUAUCCAAAAAAUCCAAUGAUGAUGAUCAACAUUAUCGAUAUUUUCCAUUUACAAAUAUAUUUUCUUCACUGCAAAGACAAACAAUUUUAAUUGAUUUAUUAAGCAAUUGGCGAUUCCAUCAACGUAAUGAUAAUGAAAAUGUAGAUGAUAAACUUGCAUUGUAUAUGGCUGAAAAUGAUUUGAUUAUUGAUAAAUUAUUACAAACAAAUCAAAUUAUUGAUCAAUUAUUUGCCUUACAUCAUGAACAAGAUUUAGAUCAAUUGAAAAUGAAUUGGGUGGCAAAAUUUUUCCAUCAACAACCAUUAGAUCAAAUUUGUUCAUAUUUUGGUAUUCGUAUUGCAAUAUAUUUUGCAUUUAUCGGUUUCUAUACUGAAUAUCUUGUUUAUCCAAUGUUAUACGGGAUAUUUAUUGUUUUAUUUCCAUAUUUGUUCGAUUAUUUACCUUCAAUUUCAUUAUUCAAUUUGAUCGAUUUAAAUUGGCAAUAUUUUCAUUGUAUUAUUUCAUUUUUAUUUCCUGUAUUCAAUAUAUUUUGGUCAACAUUAUGGUUAAAUCGUUGGCAAACUAAUUGUCAUCGAUUGACUAAACGAUGGAUUCGAUUCAUACCUGAAUGGUCAAAAACUAAUGAUAACAAUGAUGAUGAUAAUGAUGAUAAAAGUGAACGUUUUACAUUUCCAAUUAUUGGUUUUUGUUUGAUUUUAACAUUUACAGUUAUGUUUAAAAUAUUUAUCUUUCAGACAUGGUGGGAUGAAGAAUUAAUCGAACGAUUACAUUAUCCAACGUGGACCGGUAUUAUACCGAAAAUAAUAUUUGCAUUAAUAUUGAAUGUUAUCAAUUAUUUUUACUAUUUAAUUGUUAUAUGGCUUAAUGAAAAAGAAAAACAUCAAAAUUUCGAACGUAAAGAAAAUCAACUUAUUGUUAAACUUUUUCUGUUUCAAUUUCUUAAUUCAUAUUUACCAUUAUUUUAUAUUGCAUUCUAUUUGACCGAUAUGAAUAAAUUAAAAGAGCAAUUAGCAGCACAAUUAAUCACAAGACAAGUAAUUGGUAAUCUUAAUGAAACAUUAUGGCCAUUUAUAAAAGAAUCAAUAUUACUUGCAUGGCUUUCAUCAUCUAAAUCUAAUAAUAAUAAUAAUGGGAAAAAUAAAGAUAACGAUGGUAAUAAUGAAACAACCGAAAAUGAAUUAUCAAAAGGUGAAUUAGAAUCAUGUAUGUAUGGUUAUCAUACAACAUUUGAUGAUUAUUUGGAAAUCAUUAUACAAUAUGGUUAUAUAAUGUUAUUUGCAACAAUAUUUCCAUUAGCAUCAUUAUGUGCAUUUUUAAAUAAUCUUAUUGAAAUACGUACGGAUGCAUUUAAACUUUGUUUUGUUUAUCAACGACCAUUUAUUGAUACAAUUAUUAUUAGUCGUCAUCGUCAUCAUCGUAAUCAUCAUAAUCGUCAUCGACAAUCACCAACAAUAACAAUUGGUGUUUGGAAAAAUGUUCUUGAAUUUUUGGGUAUUAUUGCAAUUAUUUCGAAUUGUGCAUUAAUGGCCAUCGACAAUGGACAACAACAACAAUUUGGUUGUCUUUUUUCAUCAUCAUCAUUGAUGGAACAUUCCGAAUAUCGUAUUAUUUUUGCCGUUAUUAUUGAGCAUAUAUUAUUAUUGAUAAAAUGGCUAAUUCCGAUCAUAUUUCCAAUCAAUAUUCCAUCAUCAUCAUCAUCAUCAUCGACGUAAUCCACAUGAUCCACAUGUUAAUGAUGAUGAUUAUGCUGAA